AUGUUUAUGACCAACAACAUACCUGAUUAUGACAUCGAGAAACUUAUGAAUCUUUGGACUACAACAGGACUCGCCGGCAAGUCGGGCUUGACCUGUAAAUGCCCAAUACUUGGACCAAAUUCAACCAAGACCCAGCCAAAACCCGAAAAACUCCGGAAGAAUAAGAAGUCGAAGAAGCACAUAGCCAAUGAAUCUGAUGAAGAUGAACCAUUGAUCGCCAGAAAGCUGUUCAAUGUUGGUACUGGAACCGACGGCGCUACUGAAAGCGGCGGUAUCCAGCUUGGUACUCUUCCUGAAAUGAACGAAGUAGCUGACCUGAGCGGCGGGCAUUCAUGUAGCAACCAACAAGGAAAUUCAAGCGAGGAUGAAAGCAGCAGCAAUAAAGAUGAUUCAGAGUCGGACGAGUCACGCGCCAACCAUUCAAGCUGCACAAGCUCGGCUUUGUCGCAGGAUGAGCGUGCUUGGUCCGACAUGUCUUCCAAGCUUCCAUCACCUCUUCCAUCUUUCAGGCCCGAUUCCCCUGUCAAGAUCACGGACACUCUUCACAAUCCGCCUCCCAAAAAGCCCUCUCAGAGUAAAAUCUGCCCAACAAAUGAUUGGCCACCCAAUUUGAACCCAACCAAAGUUGGAACAGUCAAAAUUGUUUCAAAAGAUAGCGAACCCCCUCGGAAGAAGUUUUGUCCAACAAAAGUAGUCAAACCGACAUCGGCGAAGCCCCAACCUCUCAUAGGAAGCCAACUGAAGAACAGAGCAAGCCUAUUGCAGCAACCUCCUGCCCUUCUCAAAGAAAGCUCUCCGCAGGCACCAUCAACACUUGAUAGCAAUGGGUCAUCAACAUCAAAGCCCCGACCUGGUGUCAUGAAGCUUACUUUGAAGCUCAGACCCGCUCCCGAUCAACCAGAGCCCUCUCCGGAUCAACCCGAGGUACCGACGGUACCAGCAGCUCCCAAAGUCUUGCUGAAGAAGAGGGGCCGCCCGAAGAAGUCAGCAACAGCCCCAGCGAAUGCAAGUCGCUCAGUGAUCCCAACUAGUCAGACUAGUACUAGACGUAGCAGUCAAACAACUACCAAGAGUUUGGUAUAG